CCUUGUCUCGUUGACAUUUGAUCCGUCAAAAGCACUGUAUAGAUUACCUUUUGUAGCACACAAUCCUUCAAUUUUCCAUCUACAGGACUAAUGGCUUAUCUCAGUGCCACGUCACCCGUAUCUUUCACCGGAUAAUAAAACUCGGAAGUCAUCUUUUAACAAACUCCAUGCAUAAAAAUUCCGUCCCUAGCAAUUUAGGAAUCUAAGAGAGAGAAGAGAUCGAGAAGAGAGAGAAAACCACCUCGAUGUCAACUAAGGCCUCACAAAACUCCGGCGAUCCCCCGACCAAACCACUGAGCUACGGCUUCGCUGGCACGGUCAUGCUCUCCGUCACCCUAACCCUAAUCCUUAUCGCCAUCCUCAUCGUCCUCCUCCACUACUACUCCCGGUACCUCCGCAGCCGCCCGGAUGCAACGACGACCGCCCUACGCACCGACAGCUCCCUUGGCCAGCCUAGUUCUGGCCUCAGCCCCGCCACCAUCUCUGCCAUGCCGACUUUUGCCUAUAAAGAAGGGGAGUUCGGUGCGACGGAGUGCGCGGUGUGCCUCGGCGCCCUCGAGGAGGGGGAAGCGGUGCGGCUUCUGCCCAACUGCAAGCACGUGUUUCAUGUCGAGUGCGUAGACACAUGGCUGCGGUUGCACUCCACUUGUCCGGUGUGCCGUGCAGCUGCUGAGCCGGUCCUGCCACUGCUGUUGCCGCCUGGAGUGUUCGCAGAAAUGGCGGCCGCAGGGGCAGCGGGUGUGGAAGGCAUGUCGACGGCUGCUGGGAAAGAGGCGGAGUCCACGUCGCGGCUGGGCUCGUCGUUCCGGCGGAUGGUCGGUCGGGAUUGGUCGUGUAGGCAGUCCGCGCAGCCGGAGGCGGCAGGAGUAGAAGAUGCUGAGAGGCAGUAAUUAUUGCCAGAAAUUCCACAUGUAAAACUAGUUCUACAGUACAUGAAUUAUUCAAAACAUAAUCAAGAUUUUUGAUUGGAUAGAAACGAGAAUUGCGGCUCUACUAUUU